AUGUGUGGCGCCGAGACUGGUAACGCCCAUGAGUCGGACCAUGCCCUCGUUCGUACACGAUUGAAACUUCAUCUCUCAUCCACGCCAAAAAUGUCACCUCCUAGACGCUCUGAUCUUGCAAAAAUCAGGCAAACCAGCACUUCUGAGGCCCUGAGUGGAGAAAUGCGGUUCUGUGUUAGGACCCGAGCCGACGGAGAAGGCAAUAACUUGUGGUCGUCACUGAAAACGUCAGUCUAUAGGGCAGCUGAGAAAACCCUUAGAUAUACCCAGCGACGCUGCAGUGACUGGAUUCGCGGAAGAACCCUGCAGUUGUCUGCUCAGACGGCUCGAGCUAGGUCCCGUAAUGACGAUUCCUUCCGCCAACUUCGGAAGAUGACGGCAAAGUCGGCCACGGAUGACCGGAGGCAAUAUUGGGCUAAAAUAGCGACCUCCGUGGAACAGGCCUCGGGCGUUGGUGACACUCGAAACCUUUGCCAACUUAUCCGCCAGGUUAUUGGUAGGCCCUCUACACUGAGUGACCCGGUCCAAGACGUGAAUGACGGCUUUAUUUCUGACGUCUCGGUCAAAAUCGAGCGCUGGCGUGAACACUUCGAGCACCAUCCCAACUUCGAUACGCAAUUCACCUCGCCUUUGUUCUCAUCUACAGUGGAGCUGCUUCCCUUUCCAACCUAUGCAGUGCCAUGCGACCUCCCUUCCGAAGGCGGAGUCGCCGAUGCAACAACAAGGCACCAGGAGAGGACGAUAUACCAGCGGAAAUCUGCAAGUCUUGUGUCGACGCCCUGGCGCCCUGGCUCCAUGAGGUGA